AUGGCUACCAAUACAUUGAAACCCUUGACUGUCUACGGCCACUGGGGAGCGCCCAAUCCCUACAAGAUAAAAAUCAUCCUCGAAGAACUUAACAUUCCUUUUGAGUGGCAUGUCAUCGAAAUCCACGAGGUCAAAUCCGAGGAAUAUACGAAGAUCAAUGCGAAUGGCCGGUUGCCUGCGAUCGUGGAUCCAAACACUGGCAUAACGCUGUGGGAGUCUGGUGCGAUCGUCUUGUAUCUGAUCGAAGAGUAUGACAAAGAGGGAAAGCUGUCCUACAAGACCGCUCCCGAAAAGUACCUCUUGCAGCAGUGGUUGAUGUUCCAGGUCUCAGGGCAAGGACCGUACUUUGGCCAAGCCGUCUGGUUCGCACGCUACCAUCACGAAAAGCUGCCAAGCGCCAUCAAUCGCUAUUUGGAUGAGAUCGAGCGAGUUACUUCCGUGCUCGAUACCCAUCUCACCACCACCAAGCAGGCUUAUCUCGUGGGAGAUAAAUGCACAUAUGCAGAUCUGUCGUUCGUGACAUGGGCGUUUCUGGCAAUGGGCUUGUUGAGGGAACUGGGGCAGGAGAGAGCGUUUAGACAAGUAUACAAAGUACAACGAGUGGAUGGGGCGUUUGAAUAG